AUGAGUCUUCAAAUGUCCCUCGUCUUUGGCCUUCUCGUCUUCGAGAUGAGCUACCUCUUGCUUUUGUUGGUGCCAUUGCCUUUUGCCGUCAGACAGAAGCUCGUCAAUGGAUCAGUGAGAUUGAACCAAAGCAAGAACUUCAAGAGCGGAUGGGCGUUUACAACAGUCAUGUUGGGUCUUCAAUUCAUCGACUGUGUCCAGAAACUCAACAAAUACCACACUUCCGAUGGAUUCCCACAGUCCAGGGAGGUUGGUACUGCCAGGUACGACCAAUUGGCAUCCAAGUUCUACAGCCAGCGUAAUCUUUACAUUACUGGAGCUGUUUUGUACUUGGAAGUUUCCAUUUUCACUGUUGUCACUAUCUUGAAGAAGUUGGUGGCAAAGGAGGAGCUGUACAGAGCAGCCACCAGUGUUGAGACCGGCAAGGGCGAUAGCCAGACCAGCGACCAACAGGAGGAGGCUGCUGAGCUUCGUAAGUUGAUCAAGGAGAAGGAGAAUGAUAUCGCCACGUUUAGAAAGCAAUUGGAGGGUGUGCAGAGGCAAUACGAUAGCCUCAACCCCGCCGAGGUGAGAUCCAAGUCUGAUUAA